AUGCCUACCUUGCUUUACAGAUGGUCUAAUAUAGACACGCAAGGAAUUAAUUCCAAAAAGCUCUUUCGGGCUGGUUUGUUUAGUGAAGAUACUGACUACUUCACCCCGGAACAGAUCCAGCAGGCGGUAUUCAAUGAAUACUUUGUGCAACAUGUUAGCCGCAAAAAGACCCUAUCUCCCUUCAUUUCUACGUUUCAGUCCAUGCUUGCACCUGUCCAUCGGGCUUUACGGGGCAAAGAGGGAGCGAUAGUAUCAAUAAUCGACAGAAACAAACUCAUAUCACCAGUAUACUCCGCCCAGACUCUCGUGCUAAAGCUUAGGAUUAAGCUAGGAUUUUAUAACGGGGCUGGGGAGUACUUGGUUUGGGGUAAUAUCCCAAGUUCAGCUAUUGUAUGCUCUUUCAAAGUCAGCACGAUUGUACAGUUUACACAAGAGAAUCCUGAUCUGGGCGCGUUAUUCCAGCUUGAUACAAUCAGUUCAUUUGAAAAGAAUCAGAAGCGUUUGCAUCAAGCUCUUGCUCAAGGGCCGGGGCGUUUGGACCAUGCCUCCGGCGCAAUGAUUGGCAGGCUUUUAUCUUGUGUUGAGCUCCCUUAUGACUACUGCAAGCCUGUCAGCGAGGGCAUGUUCUACUCAUGGAGAAUGAACAGAACGGGAUCGUGGGAAGACUUCUACAGAGGUGUCGAGGAUGGCUAUUACUCUCUUACACAAGAAUUCACGACGCCGCCGCCGCUACUACCACCACAGACUUCCAUCAGGAGCACCGCAGAUGAAGAGGCUGACGAAGAGCCCUCCAUCCUAGAAUCAUCUGAUGACGACGGAAUUUCUGAUGAGGUUGAAUCUGAUGACGACAUGGCCAUGAAUGAAAAUACUAGUGUAGUGGAUACUCAUUGUCUGUCUCCCGUCCGUCCGAAUCUAGUUGUCAAAACCUUUGACGAGAUUACCGGUCAAUGGAUAUCACAGAGGGAUGAAAGCAAUAGUAGUCCUCCCAGAAUGCAGUCCCACCGAGAAACCAUUACGAUCGACAGUUCGGAUGACGAAGUCCCUGGUGCCUUCUCCAUCACAAAGCCCCAACAGCACAGCGAUGAACCGAUUAUAAGCCAAUCGCAGGACUUCUCUGACCUAGUAGACAAUGCCGCUGAGGACCUCGUUGUUUUGGCGGAAGAUAAAGACGACAGUACCUAUAACAGCAGGGUUAGUGUCUCUGUACAGCAAUCAGCUGAGCAGGACCAAUUCGCCACCGACAGAGAACGAGUCAGGAUGUUUUGGGGUUAA